CCAGUGCCACGCCCUGUGGUCGGCCUGUCCCCUGGGCACCGUUGCCGCAGGGAGCAGCCGCCAUGACGCCCACCUUCACGGCCCUGCUCUGCCUCGGGAUCCCCCCCAAACCCACCAUCUGGGCUGAGCCAGGCUCUGUGGUCCCCUGGGGCAGCCCUGUGACCAUCUGGUGUCAGGGCACCCUGGGGGCCCAGGAGUACCAUCUGGAGAAAGAGGGAAGCUCAGAGUCCUGGGACACACAAAAACCACUGGAGCCCAGCGCCAAGGCCACGUUCUCCAUCCAAACCAUGACAAAGCAGCGCACAGGGAUGUAUCGCUGUUCCUAUUACAGCCCCACUGGCCGGUCAGAGCUCAGUGACCCCCUGGAGCUGGUGGUGACAGGAGCCUACAGCAAACCCAGCCUCUCAGCCCUGCCCAGCCCUGUCGUGACCUCAGGAGGGAACGUCACCCUUCAGUGUCACUCAUGGCAGGGAUUCAGUGGGUACAUUCUGAUGGAGGAUGAAGAACACAAGCCUUCCAGGACCCUGGACGCACAGCGACUCCCUGGUGGGCAGCGCCAGGCCCUGUUCCCCGUGGGCCCCGUGACCCGCAGCCGCAGGUGGACUUUCAGAUGCUACGGCUAUUUCAGCAACAGCCCCCAGGUGUGGUCAGAGCCCAGUGACCCCCUGGACCUCCUGGUCUCAGGUGUGUCCGGGAAGCCCUUCCUCCUGAGCCAGCAGGGCCCUGUCGUGACCCCUGGGCAGAACCUGACCCUCCAGUGUCACUCUGACGUUGGCCAUGACAGGUUCGCUCUGACCCAGGAUGGGGGACAAGGCCUCCCCCAGAGCCUUGUGCGGCAGCCCCAGGCCCACAUUCCCCUGGGCCCUGUGAGACCCUCACACGGGGGCCGGUACAGGUGCUACGGGGGACACAGCCUCUCCUCCAAGUGGUCGGCCCCCAGCGACCCCCUGGACGUCCUGGUGGCAGGACAGCUCCCGGACAGACCCUCCCUCUCGGUGCAGCCGGGCCCCACGGUGGCCUCAGGGGAGAAGGUGACCCUGCUGUGCCAGUCGGGGAGCCCGAGGGACACUUUCCUUCUGUCCAAGGAGGGGGCAGUCCAGCCCCCCCUGCAUCUCAGAUCAAAGAACUGGGCACAGCAGAGCCAGGCCGAAUUCCCCAUGAGCCCUGUGACCUCAGCCCACGGGGGCACCUACAGGUGCUACAGCUCAAACAGCAGCGCCCCCUACGUGCUGUCACACGCCAGUGACCCCCUGGAGCUCCGGGUCUCAGCUGAUCCCAUCGGCCCAUCACAGAACCAGUCAGACCCCAAGAGAGCCCCCCACCCCCAGGACUACAUGGUGGGGAAUCUUGUCCGGGUGAGCGUGGCUGGUGUGGUCCUGGUGGUCCUCGGGGUGCUGCUGUUCCAGGCCAGACACGGCCCAGGAAGACCCUAGAAGGUAAACACAGAGGGAACACGCCCACCGGUCAGAGGGGCAGAGCCUGGGAAGUGAGUCUGAUGACAGCUGGAGGUACUGAAAGAAAAUGCAGACCAUCAGCUGGGGACUCUCUGCUGAGCGCACCGAGGCGGGGACCACGGCUGGGUGCAGGACGGUGCCUGGGGUGCUCCCUGCCCAGCUCCGCCUCCCUUAGAUGUGAUCCUGCUCUCCCCGCCACGGCCGACUCCCUGGGACAGGAUCCCCGCCCUUUCCCAACCUGUCGCAUGAGGGUGCAUCCCACGUGGCCGGGGGUCCACACACCUGAAACCUCAUGCUCUCAUCCUUUUCUGCAACAGGAGCUUCUUUAUUGCUACACCACAUCACCAGGUGGACGUUGUUGAGGCUCCACCUCUUCAGCUCACAGAACUUAACCUGGUGUCAGUCACUGAACAAACGGGCAACAUCAGAUGCAAGCUGGGAAAGAUAAAUCCAGAAUGACACUUGCCAGCCUCUCUGGAUCCCCAAAUCCCUUCUCUCUUCAUCGGCUGCCAUCUGUGUCCUUUGUCCAGAAAUGGCAUCUCUUGGAAGCAACACACUGCUGUUGGAAGGCUCAGCCUGGCGGUGUGCUGCCCUGAGGAAAUACUGCUCAGCAGGCUCUGAUUUGGGGCAGCUUCCAGUUUCUGCGGUGUGAGUCCUCCCUUCACGGCCAACCUGAAGGCACUGAUGAGACCCACUUAAUGCAGAACUGGAGGAGAUGGGCAGGACCUCCUCACACUGAGUAAGACCCCAAAGCAAAAAUCAACUGCAUCAGAGUAAAAGACUUCUGCACGACAAAGGAAAUCAUCCAUGAAAUGAAAAGGGAACCUAGAGAAUGGGAGAAAAUAGCUGCAAGUCAUAUGUCUGAUAAAGGGUUAAUAUCCACUAUAUUACAAUUCUAAAAAAAUGAUAAAUCAUAAAAACAAAAAGAAACCACUUUAAGCUUUAAUUAAAAAGUAGGAAGUGGGCCUUUAAAAAUGCAUUAAUACCCCAAAUAUAAAAAGAACUCACACACGUCAAUAGAAAAAAAAAUCUGAUCUGAGUUUUUUCCAGAGAUGACUUUCAGAUGGCCAGCAGACACAUGAAAAGGUGCUCCAUAUCAUUACUCAUCAGGGAAAUGUGAUUCAAAACCACAAUGAGACAUCACCUCACGCCUGUUAAAAAGACAAGAAAUGACAAGUGUUGGUGAGAAAGGGGAACCUUGUGUGCUGUUGGGGGGAAUGUAAAUUGGUGCAGCCACUAUGGAAAAUGGUAUGGGUGUUCCCCAAACUAGAAAAAUAGAACUAUAUUAUGAUCUAGCAGUUCUACCUCUGGAUAUUCAUCCAAAGAAAACAAAAACACUGACCUUUGUUCACUGGAGCAUUAUUUACAAUAGCCAUGAUAUGGAAACAGCCUAAGUGUCCAUAAGAUGAAUGAGAAUGAAGAUGUGGUGUAUAUAUACAAUGGAAUAUCAUCAUUCACUCAUAAAAAAGAAUAAAAUUUUACCAUGUGCAACAACAUGGAUGGACCUUGAGGACAUUAUACUCAGUGAAAUAAGUCAGACAGGGACAAAGACUGUAUGAUCUCACUUUUAUAGGAAAUGUUAAAAAAAACAAGCUUGUAGAUACAGAGAAAAAAAUAGUGGUUGCCAGAAACAGGGGGUUGGGCAAAAUGGGUGAAGGGAUGCAAAAGGUACAAACAUUCAACUGAAAAAUACAUAAGACAUGGAGAUGUAAUAUUCAUUAUGGAUUCUAUAGUUGAUAAUAUUGUAUUGAAUAUUUGAAAGUUGCUAAGAGAGUAAAUUUUAAAAGAGUUCUUAUCACAAGAAAAAGUGGUUAACUCUGUAUGAUGACCAGUGUUAACUAGGUUUUUGCAAUAAUCGUUUUGCAAUAUAAUAUGUACAAGUAU